UUUUCUGAUCCAGCCUGUCUGUCUCUGUCUCCUGAAGACAUGUGGCUCUACCUGGCAGUUCUCAUGGGCCUGUAUUACCUUCUGCGCUGGUACCGGGAGAGGCAGGUGGUGAGCCACCUUCAAGACAAGUAUGUCUUCAUCACGGGCUGCGACUCGGGCUUCGGGAACCAGCUGGCCAGGCAGCUUGACCUGCGAGGCUUGAGGGUGCUGGCUGGGUGUCUGACGGAGCAGGGGGCCGAGCAGCUGAGAGCCAAGACAUCAGACAGACUGGAGACGGUGAUCCUGGACGUCACCCAGACAGAGAGCAUCGCAGCAGCCGCUCAGUGGGUGAAGGACCGUGUGGGGGACAGAGGUCUCUGGGGACUGGUGAAUAAUGCGGGUGUCUCACAGCCCACAGCACCCAAUGAGUGGUUGACCAAAGAGGACUUUAUGAAGAUACUGGACGUGAAUCUUCUGGGAUUGAUCGAGGUGACCCUGAGCCUGCUACCCCUCGUGAGGAAGGCGAGGGGCCGCCUGGUCAACGUCACCAGUGUCAUGGGCAGGGUGUCCCUUUUUGGCGGAGGCUACUGCGUCUCCAAGUAUGGCGUCGAGGCCUUCUCGGACUCCCUCAGGAGAGAGCUCUCCUUCUUUGGAGUGAAAGUGGCUAUGAUAGAGCCUGGUUUUUUCAAGACUGGACUCACCAACAAAGAGACCAUGAUACAGAACUCCCGGACACUGUGGAAAAAGGCCAACCCUGAAAUCCAGGAGCUCUAUGGCGAGGACUUCCUGGCUUCCUACGUCAAAGUCGCUGGAAAUAUAGAGAAACAAUGCUCCUCUAAUCUGUCCUUGGUGACCGACUGCAUGGAGCAUGCCCUGACUGCCUGCUACCCCCGCGCCCGGUACUCAGCUGGCUGGGAUGCUAAGCUCUUCUACCUUCCCAUGAGCUACCUGCCCACAGCCCUGGUGGACACCCUGGUGCACUUGAACUCGUCAAGGCCAGCCAAGGCCAUAUGAAGACAGAACUGGGGUGCAUGAUGGAAUGGAUUGGGGUGAUUGUGAGGGGGUUAGUUUAGGGGAUAAUAAUAAGGUGGAGGGAGGGAGGGAGCCCCCGAUGUAGCAUACUUAGGGUACGCCCUUCUGAUUCUUGCCAUAUUUCUCAGGAAUUUAGGAUAUUAGGAGAAAAGAAUCAAGAUGGAUGCUUAGAACAGGGUAACCAAUAGGAUUUAUGUCUUGGGUGGCCACACAACGCUACUGUAGGAUAAGGAGAUUACCUGUAUCUUGAAUUGCCAAUGUGGGCCCAAUGUAAUCACAAGUAAAAGAGGACUCCAUCAAAGGGGUCAGAGUGAUGUAGUGAGAAGGUUCCAUCUUUCAUUACCGCUUUUAAAAUGGAGAAAAGGACCACGAGCCGAAGAAGUGCAGCCUUGAGAGGCUGAAAAAGUCAUUCGAACCUGCAGAACAGAGAGCAACCUUUCUGACACCUUGACUUAAGCCUCGUGAAGCCCGUGUCAGACAUCUGGCAUGCAGAAGUCGGAGAUAAUCCAUGGCUGGUGUUUUACGUCACUUGGGGGGUUUUGUCUGUUUUUUAUAGCAACAACAGUAGAUUUACAGAAAGAUAAAUGUGUAUUUUCAUUAACUAAGGAGGAACUUGUUGCAGCAAACUGGAUGAGGAAAUAGUUUGUGGGUGACACACGAAAGAUGCAGGUGUCCGACAUUGACUAGAAUUAGGGAGCCCCGAAUCUCGUUUACAGCACACACAUGCUAGAGCAGUUUUUUAAUAUAUGAAUAUCAAGUAGAAUUAUACAAUUACUACCACAAUCAGUUUCCAACCAUUCUUUUUCUAUGUGGACUCCUUGACAUCUUCUCCCUUUGACAGCAGUCCCACCACCACUUUAUCCCUCCCCUACCCCCCCCCCCACCGAGCUCCUUAUUCUACUUGCUGUCCCUAUAAUAGGUUCAUCAAUCCUGGGUUUCAUAUACCAAAAAUACAGCUUCAAGCGGGUGACCUCCAUUGACAAAACACCUCUGAGAUAUACUGUAAAAUGAACAAGCGAAAACUGUAGAAAACAAUCCAAACCAAAAAUGCCGAAAAUUCUGAAAACCAGAUCAGGUGCAGCCUGCAUCGUCGGGGGAUCUACUGACAAAGUUUAACUGCUCAGGU